CACUCCUAAGAAAUUAUAGUUCAGCAAGGAAAAAAAAAAAGAAAGAAAGGCGGUGCCCACUUGGCUGGCUGACGAUCACAUGCAACGCUCACAGUCAGCGGUGGAUUUUUCCAACCUGCUGAACCCCGAACCUACCGCUACAACCAACGACAACAAUUCUAAGGGAGACAUCGAUAUGGCUACAGUUACCGUUAUUAGGCCUAAUGGGCCUCUACCUGGUGGCCAGCCCGCUGAAAACAGCAAUGAACUCCCACGACCGUACAAGUGCCCUCUCUGUGACAAGGCGUUUCACCGUCUAGAGCACCAGACUAGGCAUAUUAGAACGCAUACUGGCGAAAAGCCUCACGCUUGCCAGUUUCCCGGUUGCAGCAAGAAGUUUUCUCGCUCGGAUGAACUCACCCGUCACUCGAGAAUACAUAAUAACCCUAACUCGCGAAGAGGAAACAAGGCCGGACAAGCGACGCAUCACGGAUUGGGCCAUGCCUUGACUCCGGACUCUAUGAUGCCUCCUCCCUCAAACCCGAGAUCUAUCAAAUCUGCACCUAAUUCUACGCUUGUCUCGCCUAACGUUUCCCCGCCUCACUCGUUCUCUCAAUACGUUAUUCCGCAUCCGGGUCCUCUACAUCACUAUGGCCGCAAUAUGAGCGGUAACAGCCCAAUGCCUGGUCACAGCAUGGAUAUUGGUAUCCUGGCAAACGCUACGAACCAACUCGAGCAGCAGAACAUGGCAGCUCACCACCAUUCGGCAAGAGCCCACCCGUAUUAUUCUAACAGUAUCCACAACUCGCGCGGUCACCUCCCUUCUCUAUCUGCCUACCAUAUGUCAAGAUCGCACUCUAAUGACGAACACGAUGACCACUAUGCUCACGCUCUCCGUCAUGCUAAGCGAUCAAGACCUAACUCGCCUAACUCUACUGCUCCGUCAUCGCCUACCUUCUCUCAUGAUUCUCUUUCGCCUACACCCGACCACACGCCGCUUGCUACGCCAGCUCACUCUCCGCGUCUUCGGCCUUACGCUGGUAUUGAACUGCCUACUCUGCGCAAUCUGACUUUGGGACACACUCCAGCUCUAGCGCCAAUGGAGCCGCAUCUCGAGGGAAACUACCCGCCAACUUCGCAACCGGCUAGCAACGGUCCUCGUCCUAGUGGUCUAUCACUAACGGAUAUUAUCAGCCGACCCGACAGUAGUAGAAAACUCCCUGUUCCACAAGUUCCCAAGGUCGCAGUUCACGAUCUUCUGUCCAACGAUGGAUACAACACCAGUGGCCGAAGUUCAACGAGCGGCAGUUUAGCAGGUGGCGAUCUCAUGGAUCGAAUGUAGACCAAAGAAACAAGCACGGUACUACAUUUACUACGACAUGAAUAACGAAAUUAAUUAUAGAGGAUAAAUAGACAAGAGGCGGCGUUCCUAAGGCGACGUUUUGCGAGAACGGCACGGCGGUUGCUUAUUCGGCUUAUUUAAUAAGAUUACCUUUACCCCUGGUGGUUUACAAUGCAAUGAUGGGACGGCCGAUUUACGUUUGGGCUUGCCGUGAUUUCUGGUGGAUUCAUGAACCUAUAGACUUUGAGACCCUCAUCGGCGGCUAGAUCUCGUGUUAUUAAGUGUGUUUCGGGGUGAUAUCUUUUCUAGUCCUGAGUUUCCGUUAAUCAGGCAGUUAUUGGGAAAAAGAAUGGCGAGAUCAACAUGGUCGCUUUUUUCCUUUUCAUUUCUUAUUCCUUCUCAGUUCAAUUACACAGCGUUGGCAUAUUUGGUGGACGGUUUUUUUUAUUUUCGUUGCUCAUAGACGGUGGAACGG